ACUGGUUAUAUUUGACAUAUAACUGCACUAUAAAUAUCACAGACUUCGAUGAUGCCUUACAACGUCUCGCCAGAGACGGGGAAUGCUGCCAGCGAGAUUUUGAAUGGAAGUAGCCUCGACAGCGUCAUUUAAUACGGAUUUACUCCCUAGCAAAAGACGUUCUGAUCUGAAGCUAUCGAACUUACGAAAGCCCUAUAGACUGCUUUCACUCAUAAAAGCUCUGCUAGCGGCAUUAGGCCUAUAGCAUAAGCACUAUGUAAUUCGUGCUGAGAAUUUAAUUUACUCAACAACUUCAAAAACUAUUUGUUUGCUGUUCAAAUGUCUUCUUGGCUAAGUCUUUGCUAGUAAAUAGGAUCACAGCAAAUGAUCUCUCAAGUAUGGUAUUUGACACAAGUGUGUCCAGAGUAUUCGAAAUAUAUUUCCUAUAUGCUAUCGAUAUGCGCAAUACUUCGGACCACUAUUGUCCAUUGACUAUUAGGUUGAGUUCCUGUAAAACGAAACUAGGCUAAACUUACAUAUGUAACUUACGCUGGUAGCUUCCCUAAAUCUGGUAAGUUUCGCCAACGAUUAUUCGGUAAAAUUUUUCUUCUUUCCUUUCGGAGGAUAUUUUACAGUCAGAGUUACGCUUCCAGCUAGGCAUAAGUGAGAUAAGAUAUAAUACCCUAUCAAGAUUAUGUCAGAUGUGUAACUGGAAUGUUGACUAGUGUUCGACGAUGGGUUUGCAUCCUGCUGCUACGUCCUUGUCUCAAGUUUCCAAUCAUAUCCACGAUCCGCUACUAUAUAAGUUUUACAAACUAUAACUUGCCACGUAUUUUUAACAUCGUUUAUCAAUUACGUCUUGUUCCACGCGUUAAUUAGCCAUUAUACCGUCGAAAUGCAGUAACUGAGCAUAUGGAGUUAAUGUUUUCAAAUUUUCAAUAUAAGAACUUCCUCUAUUCACACAGGUUGUGUAUAAUAUUGGCGGGACUUGAAGCAGCGAUUCCUGGUUUGUCUCAAGCGAAGGUUUGGCCUUCCAAUGUGCCGCGUCGUUGUCAUAUACGUAUUCAUGUCUAACUAAAUAUUAGGAUGAUAUUAUGCAUGUAACAAGCCGCGCUUUGUUUAGCUGGGUCAAUGAUACCAGAUUGUUUGGGUGCUGCCAUUGCCGCUACUGCUGCGUGGAGGGCUUCGACCCGGUCUGCUGGCCUGGUCUGGGGUUGCAGCAAUGACAGCUUGGGGAAGGUAGUGGAAAGGGGAGCUGGCUGGGAAGGCCUCAGGGAUGAUCCCCUUACGGGGCCUUGGGAGACAAGCGGCAAGAGGGGUAAAGGAGGUCGCGUCAGGAGUUUGGCUAGUCCCAGUUGUUUUGAAACUAAGCGUCUAGAGGGCGCUGUUGGGGAUGGUCCGCUGCAUCCGGCGACUGUUUCUAUCUCGGUUCUUGCUCCUCGCUGCCUGGCUUGAUUCACGGCCACUCCGCUCUGUGUACAUUUGACCGAGUCGGGGUUGACUGCAGCUGCUACGAGCCGAUCGGCUGCCUUGAGUCCGUCAGCACUCUACAACCACCUAAAUUCUUACCUCAUUCGCUCGUUGCCGUUGAUGCAAUUGCCGCUGCUACUGCUGCUGUUGUUGCUGUCAAUCGUUUCCGUCGAGUCCGCUGUUCAUAGUUCGAACGUUGUUGAUAUUUGUGUUUGUUUGAUACGUGCCCUCCGCAAUGAGAUCGCAUUCGUGGAUCGAUCUCUGUGAAUUACUGCAGUGCUGCUGAGAAGCGAGGCGCAGUCAGUGUAAUGGCGUGUGCGAAGUGCGACAAAUAGAAGGGGAUGCGCGGCUAAACUACCACCACUAGCCAAGCACAACAGCAGCGGCAGGGCAGCAAUAGCGGAACCACGAGCCGUGGCCGUCCACUAACGUCAAAAACGGCAAAUUCAGUAGACGCCUCUCAAUGCAGCAAAGGCGAACUCGUUCGUCUGCUCUGAUAGUGAGAGGAAACGAAUUCAGCCAUAACACCGCACCUGCUACUGCUACAAAUACCACCAAUAAUAUUAUGAUUAUUCGAAAUAAGCGCGAAACGACGUAGAGCAGGAACGCAGUAGCUAGCCAAUGCACGAGCAUGAGGCCAGUGAGCGAGAUAAAAAGAGAAAGCAGAUUUGAUGCCGUCGAAUGGCGGGUCGCGUGCGUUCACAGUCUGGCUGCACCGCAGACUGUGGACUCCGGUCCCAUAGGGCUGCGAAUUCGUCGCUCAUGCUGCCCCGUCUUGUGGGUUGCGUCGUCGCGCUAGACUCUGCUGGGUUAUCGACAUCGAUGGCCAGUGGUGUUGCAGCAGCCUGGAACAAAGACGAUUGGAAGCGUUCGUGUCGAGUUAGUCCGUGUCUUUGUCACGGAGCGCUAUUCCGUAAAGGCUAUGCUCGAGCACGACGCGCCUCGGCCAGAGCGAGACGCUGACUUUCAUACACCAUAAAGAAGUUGUGCAAAAGUCAAACAGCCAUAUCAAUUUAGGCUAAAUUGAAAAAAAAAACCGAGAGGAUCAGCCAGUUGGGAGGUGCUCGUUCCAUAGUCAACCAUCGUCUGGAAUGAGCCGGGUGUGGACACAACAAACAACCUGACCCUUAAGCCCUGACGAAAGAUCAGGGAUCUUGCUCUCUGUGCCCAUAUCGGAUUAUAUAUAUAAGUAACCAUCAGCACAGCAUAGAAUAAAUUGUUCUUAUACAAUAAAAACAAGUCCUAAUGCGUAACGGAUGUAGCACACUGCAAAUGGUCGCCAUAGUGACACGAAAUUGUUGAUGUUGUUGAUGCUGUGUGAGUGGCUUAAGAGUUUCUUAUUAUGCCUAUGCUAAGUGUACGUCUGGGCAUUUGUCAUCAUAGCUUUAAACAAACACCAUUUGAUUAGGCAAGCGAACGAUCGAACGGCGUAUACGAUGGUACCACUGCAAAUAGGAGAUUACAAUGAUGCAAGUAAGCAGAGUAACCGAGCACGCACGAGGUACGAGUGGGUGAAACUUCUACGAAUUAAGCACCGAUGCGAAGUACCAGGAACGAAGCCCUUAACGGGUUGCCCGGUGGAGCACCUCCCAACACUGUACAAGUACUACUAUUACCGCUAAUUCUGUAAAAGUUAUUAGUAUACAAGAAAAUAAAAACGAGCCAGUGGAAUUAACAGUCAAUAAGUUAGUUAAUUAAAGAUUUAGCUUCAGACCGAUCGCGAAGAUCUACACCUCAUUGCCGAGAGUCACUCUAGCAUCAGCAAUUGACCUAUCGGCGAGCGUAAAUACGUUCUCCCCCGUUUUGUAAUGAUGUGAAAAUAUUGCUUUUUAUCAUGCGUCUCUUGUGUUGAAAUACGACAUGUGCGAUAUUUUCAGCAACAAUUUCUGCUUUAUCAAGUUUAAUUUUUGAAAUAUUUAUAUUGUAUAUCGUCCGCCUCCUUCAAGCAUCUUUCGUUGAUUGAUUUGAUGAAACAAGGCACGGCCGCAUUUCGGCUAAACCGACCAUCCGUCUAACGGUAGCCAGACGAUCAGAUCCGCUGAGUUUUGCCAGUAAAGGAGUCUACGCUAUCGAUAUCUACCUUCUAAUUGCGACAGUAAAAUUCAGGGUGAUGAUCUUUUACAAAACCGGUAUCAGCGAGCGGUGGACUUAGCAAGAGCGACGGCAUCGAAAAGUUUUAUUGUUUGUUCUUCGCCUUUGCCCUUUAUUCGGCGAUCAGACUAAGAAUCCUAAAGAGUCGAUUUGUUCAUCCUCGAUUCAAGUGCGUUGGCCAGCUAUCAAUACUCUUAGUAGUGAGUUCGACACUAACUGACAAGUUGGUCUUCUCCGUCGUUAAUCGAUGUUACUGAUUGAUCGACCAUUAGAUAAGUUUAGGACAUACUGUUCAAUUUUGCUAUUGGGCCCUCUAACGCCAGCAGCCGACGAUGAUACCGUGUCUACAGCUCCGGUUGCGCGCGACUGGCUACGUGUACGAGUCUGCGUAAUUACCUUCAUAAUAUACCUAUCCAUACGUAGAUAUCUGUCCAUUUGACGACCGUCAUACGUUCACAUCUUCAAUAUGUGUACUCAUCUAUUUAGAUAUGUAUUAUCGCUUUCGCUUUUAUCAGCACGAUGAUUCGUGUCUUGUAUAUUCUGUCUACUACCCGCCACUAUUUAUUGCUGUUAGAAGAUCUCGUUUAAUCACGUUGAUCCGAAACCCACUUGUAUCCAAUUGCAUUGAACGGUUUUUAGCAGCAGCUGUGAAUAACUCUCAAGUUCAGUUUAACUUAGCACCAUAACGCUUAAGUUCAUCUCGAUUGGCUACACCGUAUUGCAGGAAGGAACAGUGUGAUAUGAAAAUCGUGCCGGUGGAUUAUAUCACAUGGAUAAUUGGACAACAACAAACAAAUCGUCGCAGUAAUCUUUAAUCAAGUAUGCUCUCUCUGUGCUUCUAUGUGUUUGUGUGUGUGGCUGGUGUCAGUGAGGAUAUUGUAUACGCAUUGCGCGCUAUUUAUAGGCGUAAAUAUCGCUAUAUACACAGUAUGUAUCUUCGUAUAUAUACACAUGCAUACGUAUUCGUUCUCUGCUGACUUUAAAUACUAUUUAAUCAUUCCUCUGGUUUUGUGUGCUGUUGCAUUUUGUGUGUGCCAUUGCUGUCAAGGAACUUUUGGUAUAAUUCAAGUUCUGCUACGUUUACGACAACUGUCACAUGACGACUAGCAUUGCUAAAGCAACAACAAUUGCUACUCCUAUUCAAGAAGCCGCACCUGUUAUCACAAUUACCUUGUUCUUCCUGUCCCGCUGGCUACGUAAGCAGUUUGUGAAACAAGAGAAGUAGACAGGGGCAAUUGUUGAGGACCGACUAGUUAAACAAACAAACAAACAAACAAACAAACAAACGAAUAACGUGCAAAGACGCCGAUCGACUGUCGAAACGUUGCGUUCGACACAUCCAGAGCUGUAAUAAUCGCGAGUUCGACGCAACAGCGAUCUCUAAGAAGCGUAACCGGUAGACAAAUAGGGUUAUUUGGGAUUCAGCAUACUCUCUUCGUGUGCAUUUAUAAAGAAGAAGCUAACUCUUUAUCCAGCUGAGGAGGGAGCGACUGGAGCUGAGGAGUAAAAACCAAGUAAAAAAGGAGGGACAACGGCAUUUACCGCUUCAGUCCGUUGGACGGAUGAAUGACGACAAACUCAUCGAAGCAGUUCUCCCGCUAGGGCCAAGACGAAACUACCUAAUUAGCAAAUUAUACAGAUAGGCUUAGCAGCAAAUCAGCGACGCAAUGACAGGUCCACGCUAGAAGGAGCAUAGAGUUGUCGUUGUUGGACACAGUGGUUUGGCUCGCAAAAAUGUGUGAUGCUAGAUUGAAAUAAACGUGUGAGUCACGUGAUCGCAAAAUAACAACAGUAUUCGGCCGAAACGAACCAGAACAGAACAACACCAUCGACAUUACGCGCCACGGCAAAGGCAAGAACUACGGUGACAAUUUAAACCAGUUUCGCCGUUACCAAUAUCCAGGGAAAACUUUAGAAGGGCAGCUUUUGGGCUUUCUAGAUAAACAAGAAGACAUCCAGGAAAGCCAGCACGUUUGUCGCCGCAGUUACGCUACCUAGAACUAGUCAGCACUAGCACGAAGCGUCUCAUCAAAGCGUGGACACGCAACAGUAGCCCUGCACUAGUCUUCAUUACAUCAGAAAUACCAUGGCAACAGCAAAAUAAAUAAAAGAAAAAGGCUACGGAUUUAAAGCAGACGACGGUACUCUUCAGUGUCACCCGUAUCCAGUACUUAAAAAUGAACAAAAAAGAGUUUGGAUAAUAACACUAACAAUAACAAAAAUCAUAUAGCCUUACUUCUAUCCAUUACAAAUCAAUUAUUCCGACGUGCAACUAUCGGUCUACGUCGAAACACCUCAGCGAGGCGCUCCCUAGCGCUAGUGUUUGCCCAAACACUCAUUAAUACAAAACCUGCACCACUAGCAUUUAAUUUUCUACCGAUCUUUACGUAUCGGUGACUCCGUAAGGCGACCCUAUUUAUCACGUAGCAACUAUUUAUUUAUUCAUCGAUCGGCCGACUCAUCUCGUAGCCGCUUUAUCUGUCUCUUGAUCAGACAAGAUCCGCUAAUAGACUCAGCCGAACCAAAGCUACUAGACGCCCCAGGGCAAGCAUAGUCUUACUUUCAUUGCGCUUCUUCGAGCACAUUAGUUCUGUCCUCCAGUAAAUGAUGCCAUUCGGAAUCCGUCGCUUUACUCUGCAGCGAUCGUUUUCGACCGAGAGUGGCGGAGGCGGAUCGAAGCUACCCAAAUCGAAAUCGCACGAUGCCGCUGGAGGCCAUGGUAACGUGCACGGCAGUGCCACUCACGGGGGUUCAACUGUGGGAGGAACUGGAACGCUAUUAUCCGCUUCACGAUCAGUUGACCAGGCGGAUCUGCGACGCUUGGGCGAUCCUCCCGGAUAUUCAAGCCAGAGCGGAGGUGGUGCCGGUGUCCGACAGGGCCAGGGAGGAGGUGGAGUCAACCACCAGAACUCAGCCGUCAAUUCAGGAGCUUCCCAAUCAUUGGCGGCCAUACAACCUCCGAGGUUACCACCCAGGGGACCACCAAGAAGAUCAGCUUCAGUGGAUCAAGCGAAUCCACCUUCUCAAGGUCUCCUGUCUCGGUGGCGAUCAUCGGGAAAAUCUCGCUCGAUCGAGGGCGGCGGUAGUAGCCGCGGCAUGCAUGGGAAACGGACGCCUUCAACAACGAUGGACUUCACCGGUGGGUUGCCCUUUAACGACGAAGACGAUUCCGAACUCGACCUACUACCAACUUCGCAGCGGCCUCAAAAGCAUCAUCUCGCUCAGGUGUCCCGACCAACCGACCAGAGUUACACGCAGAUGCGGAGACAGCGUUUCCAAGAGAGUGGCGAGUGCAGUCUCCCCGAGGAACCUCUGCAAACUGAUUCUCCUGCGCGCAUGUACUAUAUAAGUGAUCGAAAUAGGGAACAAAAUGUCCAGCAGGCUGGUUCGAUGGAAAGCGGGGCGUCGAGUGGCGUGGAUAGCCGGAGGGGCCCGCAAUCUCGGGGGGUCCUGUCGAGACAUGGCGGAGAAAAUCAGAACACUAAUGGCAGUAGCGGUGGCUCAAGAGGAGGCCAAGUCCAGCAAAUUAACUCCGACCAGCCAAAGUCCGAGCGUCAAUCCUCGAGUGCAGGUGGAGGUCCCGUGAUAUCGAUGAUGGAUAGGGGUGGGGUGGGGGCGCAAAUGAAUCCGAUGGCUUCCAUCGGGUCUCACGGAAUGCCAGGCCUGAUGCAGCAGCCCCCUAUGUACCAGCCGCCAGCGGCAUUGUAUGACGACGACCCAGGGAUCAUGUCUGAGGUCGAGACCUCUGCAACCGGACUCCGGAGGGGUGCAAAAGCGCGUUCCAGUUUACCGAUUGUCAGAACGCCUAACAAGACCAACGAGCGACCCCUGGACCCGUCCGAGUUUGCCGGCGGCAUCUACGCGUAUAAUGAAUACGGCUCAGCCAUGAUGAUGUCCCUGGGCUUGGUGUUUCUACAGUACCGAAACGAGACGCGACGAGCGCUUCUCCCGAAUGAAAUUACCUCAAUGGAUACGGUAAAAGCGUUGUUCGUGAGAUCUUUUCCACGGCAGCUCAGCAUGGAAUAUCUUGACUCGGCCAUCAUUCGUAUAUACAUUCACGAUCCAGGCAGAGAUAUGUUCUACGAACUUGAAGAUCUGCGGGACGUCCGCGAUCGUUCGGUCUUACGAAUUUACGAGCACGACCCUCAAAGCGGGGCACCAAUCAUGUUCGCUCCAACGCCACUUCCGAUGCACCCCGGUGGUAUACCUGCUCAACACGGUUUGCUCCCAGAGGAUCUAAGCUACUUCUCCGAGCCCGAGUUCGAUUCCGACUAUCCAAAUAGUCACAGCAUGCACCGUCAACAACAGCAGGCGCCCAGGGGAACGCAACAGCUGCCUUGUCCACCGCCCAAAGGGUCGAGCUACUAUGGAAUUCCGAUGUACGCGAAUCGGAGCGGUGGCGGACCUCAACCCCCAAUGCGGCCUUACUCCCCUGCGGCGAGUGAGCGCGCUAUGCGAACCACGGGACCUACAAUGGGACCCCCAGGAGCUCCACCGGGCCAGGUUGGCUUUUCGCAAACACUCCCACGUGGUAUGACUUACUCUGCUGUGGGAGUCCCGAUGGGACUUCCCGACGAUAAGCGGCAGCAACAACCGUUUCACAUCGUGCCCAUGAGCCAAUCCCAUCACGAUCUCACGAAUCCAAAAGCGGCGGGCUUGUUGCCUCCGAAGCCCGCGCGGCUGGCCGGCUUUGUGUCGCAGGGGGUCUCACCCCUCGGCUCACCGCAUAGCCCGCAAUCGCCCCCAUUAAGGCAACUGCCCACGGGUCGAGGCUACUCACAUGAAAUGGUUCCGCGAUCGCGCACCCCCGAAGGAUAUCUUAGUUCUCCCGAGAGGAGUUCGAGGAUGAUGUACCCAGAGUCAGACCAAUUCUUUGAUCCCCGACUAGCCCAGGGACCACCCAGCGCUCCGCUAGUAGAUGAAGAGGCUCGGCUACGCGUGGAGUACAUGGAGCGGCAACUUGCUAGUUUGACAGGACUGGUUCAUAAGGCUUUGGCCCCCACCAGCCCGAAUCCGGCCUUGCAGGCCCCCAAUGGAGUUCUUCAAGCUUCACAUGCGGGAGCCAAUCCUGCAUCCAGGCCACAGCACCUUAUUCCUACCAGAGACACCGAUAAGGACGGCUCUUCACCAUCGUCCACGCUAAACAUGCCAAUAUCAAAGCCAAGACAGUCGUUUAAAGAGGAAAAAUCGGUGUCUUUCUGUGAGGAACCCCUAACGUCCUCGUCUCAUUCACCUUCGGCGCAAGCCAAUAGACCAAUGAGGCCUGCCCUCAAAGGGUUUCGCUCGUACUCUGUAUCGGAUGGAGACUUCGACCCGUCCAGGCUACCGCCCGCCCUUCCCGACAAAGAGUCGCGCCUUAACAAGCCACCGCCUCCUCCUAAACCAGCAGCUUCGGCAUUUUCCCACAGCAACAAUGGUACAGAUGUGGGCGUUCCGUUGGCGCCUGAAACGUGCGCCCAACUACGCCAAUUGCGUAGGCACACGAAGGAGCUGCGUGCCGAAGUACGAAACUUGCGACGAAUGGCGCAGGCUCAAGCAGCCGCUACUAAGGAGGCUGUCAAGGAUACGUGCGCAAAGAUCAACGAGGCGAUUGUACGCGUGAAGAUCUCCCAGGAGAAGGAGGACCGAGAGAAAGAGAAAGAAAAAGAGGAGUUGCUUCAGGGGUCGGGAGACGCGGGAGCAGCCGCCCGUGAGCGAAUUAGAAUCUCCCGACAAGAAGGUUCCUACAAUGCAGAUGCUCAGACCCUCGAAAAGGACCUUGCUGAGUUGGAGACGCAAGUCGAAGAGCUUCGCUCGAACGUAAUUAAUCGUCGCUGUCGCGUUAAUAUGUCCAACGUGGAGAGUAUGGCGCUUGUGCUCUCCAAGGCGUCGCGCACCGUUGCCGACCUUAAGAACCGAUUCCCCGCUUUACAGGAAACGAUGAAAGCCGUAAUUAGUGGCGAAAUGGAGACGGUUGUCCGCGAAGAGAAAUUCCUCAAGGAAGAGCCUGAACGGCUCGAAAAUGCCCUGAGGAGAUGCAAGAAACUCACGGGAACCUUGGUCACACUCAAACGACUCGCGUCGGUUCAAGAGCAGCGACACACAUCUUUACCCGAGAAGUCCGUCUCGGCAGACGGACCUGGACCUCACAGCCACAAUAGUCACAGCGACGGAGAGCCUACCCAGGCCAGCCAGUCCCGAAGCUCCGCGGGGCCGGGGGGGUUGAGUGGACUGAGUGUCGGACCUGGAGCUCCAUCAACGACACGUGAAAGACGUCGCUCUGAAAACGCGCUUGACGCCCUGCUUGACGAACUGCAGACAUUCUCGCCGCGCACAACCGAGUCCCCUAGCAAAAGCUUUGGAAAUCUGCUCUGUCAUUGCGACAGGUUUGUAUCGGUCGAAGCGAUGAUCAACAGCGGCAGCGUAUCCAGUAGUAACAGCGGCCUAAAUGGAGACAACCGGAGCAAAUCGGCCUCGACGCUGCCGCUGGGAGCUAGCGUAGGUGCCCCCGUAGGCAACAGCAGCAGCAGCAGCAGCAGCAGCAACAACAGUGGUGUUAGCAGCAACGUAGGCGCUAAGAAGACCCCGCCGCCUCCUCCCCCUAGGACGACGAGCAAGAGCCCCGUUCAGAGCCCCACCGGAGCUGGAGCGUCCAGCACCUCGACGACAAGCACAAUGAACAACAGCAGCAACAACAACAAAUGCAACGGCAACAACAACAACAACAACAACAACAACAACAACAGUUGCAACAAUACUCAGCAGCAGCAGCAGCAGCAGCAACAGCAGCAGACCGCCCGCAGAUGCCAGUCGGAACCUCCCUCAAUCAGGAAAAUCAGCGAGCAGAACAGCUCAGGCAGCUCGGAAAGUGUGAACUCGCAAGACGGUACCCAGAAUCGACAGGAACUAUUGGAGCAGAGACAUCAGGAAUUGCUUAAAAAACAGAAGUUACUACAAGAGCAAUACGCAAGGUUACAGCUGCUACAAAAGCUAUCGCCGCCAAAGCCUGACUUGAAGAAAACCGGAUCAGAGAGCAACAUCUUGCAUAAGGCGUCUGAUCAUGGCGCAUCCGGCAUCUGCGCCUCGCACACCUCCGGAUCGUUGACGUCGCUCGCGGCGUCGCCAGGAGGAUCGGUGUCCACGAAAAUCACGAGCUCACCGUCGCAGCCUCAGCUUGCGACUUCAACUUUGCGAAACAAGAUCUACGAAACAGACAUUCUCUAACUAAUCGCUUACCUUAACUCUGUGCUAAACGCCAAAUACGCCUCGGCGAGCCCAUUCGGUGGCGGUCCAUCGAUCGUUACGAUGGACCGCCUACCCGAUCAGGAAGCCGAGGCUAGAGGCUCAAAAUAAAAUACUGGCAGAGCUAAAUUAGCUUUGACUGGAUCAAAUCAUUGAUUCAUUCAAACGAAGGUCAGCGAGUAUCAUCAUAAAUUUUUCAUUGCAACUAGGAAAUGUUUGGCUACGCAUAAAUUUCAUGGUUUCUAGCAAUACCUAGCACUGUUGGGUAAUAACAGAAAUCUAAAGACAGAGAUAUUUGUGAAUACGGUAGGUUUGACGAUAUUGAGCAUUGUACUUCAUAUAAAUUGGCCGAACCUUUAAAUACAGAUUGAAUGUUCCUUUCCGAGGCGCCGAUCCGAGGGCUCUUCGCAGAAUGAAGUCAUUCAUUAAUUAAUACACAGAUGAACUAAAUAACUCCACAUCAUCCCAUCCAGCACCGGCAAAAACUCGAAAUACAAGCUGCACUCACAGCACAGAGUAAGGUAUAUGAUAAUGACACAAAUUAUCAAUAUUACUCGAUAGUUUUAAGUCCCACGAUUGUGUGGGCUAUGGCAUGUCUAGCCGACCUCGUGUCGGCGAGAUUAAUUUAACAGACCUAUCCGUAACGUGUGAUCGAAAGUAAGCCAGGACAAGGUUUUCCUAGACGAGAUCUGCUCAGGACAAACGACAGAACCGGUCGCCAUAAAUAAGUACAACGUAGUUUGCCACACAGUCGGCCGACAGCUAUGACAACAACAAAGAUGAUGAACGCCCUUAAGAUGAUGCUCAUCCAUCAUUUGUCAUACGCUCGUCAGGUUACUUCGCUUAAUUUUAUCUCUUGAGGUGCGACGUCGGCAGGAAGUAAUUAAGCGUUCUUUUUGGCCGGCCCUCAGCUCUAGUGCUUCAUAACGUCUGGCUGUGGAGCCUGGCUCAGAGAAGCCUAAAGCCGUUUGGGUUGAGGUGCAUUAGGAUAAUGUAUUUAAAGAUUUUGGCUUUCGUUCGAGAAGUUCGUUGAAUUCUAUCUACCUAUAACUAACCUCUUCAUCGUUUGUGGACAACAAGUCUUGGUGAAUAAGAAGCGGUAUAUGCAAUUAGUUAGAAAUGACAAUACGACGAAAAUAAAUGUGAAGGCCAUUAAAUCAUGAUUAAGAAACAGUUACAUAUCCGCCCAAGUUUGAACAGGCAUCGUUCAAAGCAGGGUACAUUAUCGUAUACUACUACUGCAAUACUUGUGCUUCAACCACCUUCACUACGACUACUAGCAAACUGGCUGAAUCUUGAUUCGCUGAUCCGCUAUUUUCUGGAUGUUGCUUUUUUUUUGUUUGUUAUUUUCGGCGCUACUCUAAACAGACCAGUAACUACAAUGAACAGCUGCUGGGAGACGGGAAUGUUUGCUAUUAUUCGCGAUUGGUCCCCUAACGAAAGUAGCGUGAGGUGUGCCUGCCGAUUGUAGGCUGGCUGUGCAGCUGAAAUGGUGCUCAAGUUGUCACAAUUCUAACCAGAACUCCAGUAGCUUCACUUGCAGAUGACUACCAGAUCUUUAUACAGGCCCAAAAUGCGAUUACGCGAUCGGCGUCACCUGGUAGUAGCUUGAGUUACCGUUUCUAUUAUUAUUAUUAUUAUUGCAGUGAGACAACGCUAUCCGAUGAACAAUUAAAUAUAUAUAUAUAUAUAGCGUAUUGAUUGGUAGGAGAAUAGCUAGUAUUGAUAAUAAAAAAAAUAUCUAGCUGAUGUUAGUGACGAGUGAGUGUAUCAGAGACAUUUGUACGGUCACAAAGCAACAGAUAACUAAAAUAACAUAUAGAAUGACACACCCUAAGCACAGACGUACAGCACAUGACAAACGAGCAUACAAGUGAAAAUAUGACAAUAGUUAACCUUAUUAAGAAACUAAAUAAUUACAAUAUACAACAAGUAGUAUAUAUAAAAAAGAAAACUUACUAUUAUACUCGAACGAAAUUGCCACAAUGUAUCAAAGAAUAACGAUGAUAACACGUCGUACAAGCACACUCAAUGCUAUAUAUAUAUAUAUAUAUAUAUAUAUAUAUAUAUAUGUACACGCAGCUUUUUCUUGGGCCGAAAGGAAGCGGAGGUGCUGGACGAAUAGAUCGAAAGUAAAAAAAUUAACAAGUAUCCUUAUUGACAGGGGAAUGGUAGACCUGUGUGUAAUAAGCAGUAACAAAGAAUACAAAAGCAAAUAGCAACAGCUACAACACUUACCAGAUCUGAUCACGUCGUUCGAAAACUGAAAUUUUGUGAAAGUUCCAUUCGGUAGAAGCGUACCGAGGUGAAAAAAACAUGUUUUAUAUUCGACUGCCGACCUCUCGUAAGCAUUUCAAUACAAAUACCUUCUAGUAACCACCUAACAGCAACUUUGUUUUGUCUUAGUCUACGAAUUAUCACUCUCGAACCAUGACUAAUAGUAGCUCUGACGAGAUUAUUGCUAAACAUGACGAUAAUGCUAAAAAAAUCUGCAUGACAUGGAUUACUAUUGCUAUGGUAAAAAGAAAGUAUUAUUGUACCAUCAUUAUUACAAUUGCCAUAUUAAGUUAAUAAACUGUUCGUAAACU